UCAAACGUGGUCACACUGGUCACAACGGAUCACAUUAAUUUCCAUCCAAAUCGCGUCGAGCGCGUCGUGCGCACGCGUGUAAUCUCGUACCUCCUCUGCGCUGGAGGUUGUUCUUUUCAGCGCAACUGGGAGCAUGGGAGGCAGGAGAUGGCGGAGUUGGCGAGAGUUGGCAGCGUGACAAGUAAUGUGAUUGUUUUUUGUAGAAGGUUACUUUUUACGAAUUCUAAUACGCUCUAAUGAAUGUAUACUUAUAUGUUCGGGGUCCUCCGCGGAU